UUAGUACAUUUUCACUACCAAAAAGAAAGAAGUGGUCAGUCAACAGUACUAUCAUGCCAUGGGAGCGUAUUGGUGUUUACUAUUCAGAUCCAACAGAACAGAACAAAAUAUUGAUUGAUAUGAUUCUUGAGGGUGAAUAUGUGAUGAUGCAUGGAUCACGAGCCUCUGGAAAAUCAACCCGUACAUGGGUGGCUAUGGAGCAGUUGAACAAAUUAGGCUAUAUUUGCAUUUAUGUGGACUUUGAGAAAAUAUCCUUCACAAAUGAAAAUCUUUUUUGGAGUUCUUUUGGCAAAGCCCUUAAAACAGAACUUCAAAAUUUAUUUUCUAGCCCUGAUGAAAUUGAUCUCAUUCCCCCUAUUCAAAAUCAAGAAGAAUUCAAUUAUGCUUUUGCAAAAUGUGGUCAGCUUUGGCAGUAUCUUGUGAAAAGGCAAAAAGAAAUGAAACAGCCAAUUUAUGAGAGGCCUGUCAUUAUCUUCAUUGAUGA